AUGUCAGAGAAUUCCUUAGCUGUUGCGGAAUCUGUAAAACAAGUAGCCAAGAGAAAUUGUUUGGAUUUCUCGGAUGUGGUGGUUAAAAAGAAGAAGAAAAAAGUCUUAGACGAAGAGACUUACGUUGAGGAUUUACAGCAAAUCAUCCAGCGUGACUUCUUCCCAGAUCUUCCAAAGUGGAAGGCACAAGCCGAGUAUUUUGAUGCUGUUGAAAACAAUGACCUUGUUAAGUUACGAGAAAUCCAGAUGAAAUAUGGGCCGAGGCAGCCCGAAACAGGCACAUCUUCAGUUUACAACAGUCCUGCAACAUUUGAAACACCCGAACCUCGUCAGAACCAGAAAUCACCAUCUUCUCACAGAGAAAUCCAAGCAGAGAAAGAUGAUGAUGUUGCCGAACAAACAGAAAAAGCAGAAAACGUGAGCCUGGAUGAAUAUUUAUCAAAGAACACCAGUGAAGAUAAUGCCUCCUUUGGGGACAUUCUGAAAGAGACGCAACGAAAACACCGUGAGAAACAUGCUUGGUUAUAUGAAAAAGAAGAAAAACAAGACCAGGAACAUCAAGAAAAAUUAGCUUUACCUGAUAUUGAGCAGCAAGCCAUCCAAGGACCUCUGCCAUCUUCCAUUCACACAUGGAAAUACAAUGCCAAAAACAGCCUAAUGUAUCUUCCUGAUGGUGCAAAAUUCACCCCCAAGGAAAUAAUAGAGAAGACGUCCAAAAAACGAGAGAUUGUCCAUGAAAACACCAGAUUUCACCUUAAUCCUUUCAAUUCCGAAAAGAACAAAGAAAUUUUGCAGCAGGUGGCCUCAGAGAAAGCCCAUGCCAAUCAGGGAAAGAUUGGACAUGAUGGUAAAGAGAUUCAAACUGGACAGACACCUCGAGUGAAUGGAUAUGGUUUUGUUAAGACUCCAUCACCUGCACCUGGCAUGGGUGACGAAUCGCCUUUGAUGACGUGGGGUGAAAUUGAGGGUACCCCAUUCCGAUUGGAUGGGACAGAUAACACACCUCUACCCAAAACACCAGGACCAACUUUUAAGAUCCCUGAACCUCCGAAGCGUGAUCGAAUUGCCUUGGAACUGGCUGAGAAAGCAAGUAAAGCCCAUCGUGCCAAAAAACAAGAGGCCUUGAAAAGAGUAACAGCACGUUUAACCAGCCCUUUAUCGUUGUCUCCUCGUUUUGGCAUGAGCACAACUGACAAAUUAAACAGCAUGUCCCCAGCUGCGCAGCGCCUCGCCAGCCACAGCCUUCGUAUCAAGAACCACACAGAUAAAGCUUUAAGGGCUAGUUACAGUCCAAGCCCCUUGCAUGUUCGAAAAUCGCCAUCCUUUCUUCGACCAGAUUCAAAAUCUCCAGGGAGCUGUUCAUUCCGAAGUGGGGGCAGCAGUGCUCGAAGUAACACUCCAGGUUGUGAGAUUGGAAUCCGAACUCCAGACAGAGGUACAAAUGAACGGACUUUAUCCAAAGACUCUGACCCUAGUAUUGGAGAUGACACCAGUAGUGAAAUGACAGAUUUCCCAUCUCUCACAGACAACCUAUUGAAUCUUCCUCGUCGGAAGAAAGCAAUCGACUUUUUUUAA